CACAAUGUUUCACAUAUAGAUAUUUAGUUGUAGAUCAGAGAUUCAUAUGUGUAUAAAAGAAAUUAUUAAUUUACAUAUUCACACUAUUCUAGACAUGGCAUGAUUUGCGCACGAAAACAAAAUCUAAAAGUGCUGCUAUAAAGGCUCACAGAGAGGGCACAGGAGGCGGUGAAGCAUUCAAAGAAUGUCUUACUGCAACGUAGGAGAGAAUUGUGGAAUUGAUGUGCCCCACUUCCAUUGCGGGCCAUCAGGAUACUUUCGAGUCGAAGGUGGUAAAUAUUUCAGUCGACCCUGAUGUGUCCACAAUUUCACCUGCGGAUUGCGGCAUUAAUAGUGAAGCAACUAUUGAUGUGGAGACGGAAGACAAUAGUAGUUUUGACUCAGUUACCAGAAGAACAAGGAGGGACAGGAAAAUUUUAAAAGCAAAUGUGGAGGCCACCAAAAACUUAAUUCAGAUUGGCCAAGACCAACCCAAGAUGCAGCAGUGGUUUUAUGAGAGAACAGUGGAAUUCAUGGAACGACAGACAACUGCGAUGGAACAGAUGGGAGCAAACAUGACAAAAAUGGGAGCCAGCAUUGAAAAAAUUGCUGCCUCUGUUGAGCAACGUCUCAAAUAAAAUGAAUAAGAUUUAAAAAUAGAUCUUGACAUCAUUCGUAAGUCUGCGUAUGCGCAUAGCUGCGAAUGCUCUAUUAGCGAAUACCUACUUCCUAAAAGUGAUAUUCUUGACAACCCUUCGCAAAACCCUGAGAACGUCACGUUUGUGUGUUGGAAAGAAACUGUUUAUAAAAUAAAUGAAUAAAUAAAUUUAUCUUAUUUUAAUCGAUACAAAAUGAGAUCUCCUAUCAGUCCAGUCAAAAGCAGGUGUUGAGAUAAAUUCAUCACAGUAAAGCAAAACCAAAUCCCUUACUCAUUCAGAAUUCUCGACAACAAUAAAUAUG